CGGCGGGAAGGUCUAUGCCUUGGACGAGACGUGGCACCCGGACCUGGGGGAGCCCUUUGGGGUGAUGCGCUGCGUUCUGUGCGCCUGUGAGGCGCCACAGUGGGGUCGCCGUGGGAGGGGCCCUGGCAGGGUCAGCUGCAAAAACAUCAAACCUGAGUGCCCAACGCUGGCCUGUGGGCAGCCGCACCAGCUACCAGGACACUGUUGCCAGACCUGCCCCCAAGAGCGCAGCAAUUCGGAACAGCAGCGGCCGGGCCUGUCCUUCGAAUAUCCCAGGGAUCCGGAGCAUCGCAGUUACAGUGAUCGCGGGGAGCCGGGUGCUGAGGAAAGGGCACGCGCAGACGGCCACACGGACUUCGUGGCGCUGCUGACUGGGCCGAGGUCGCAGGCAGUGGCACGUGCCCGAGUCUCACUGCUACGCUCCAGCCUACGCUUCUCCAUCUCCUACCGGAGGCUGGAUCGUCCCAGCAGGGUCCGCUUCUCAGAUUCCACCGGCAGCAUCCUCUUUGAACACCCUGCAUCCCCCACCCAAGAUGGCCUGGUCUGUGGGGUGUGGCGGGCAGUGCCUAGGUUGUCUUUGCGGCUCCUUAGGGCAGAACAGCUGCAUGUGGCCCUUGUGACACCUACUCACCCUUCAGGGGAGGUCUGGGGGCCUCUCAUUCGGCACCGGGCCCUAGCUGCAGAGACCUUCAGUGCCAUCCUGACUCUAGAAGGCUUACAACAGCAGGGUGUGGGGGGUAUCACCCUGCUCACCCUCAGUGAUACAGAGGACUCCUUGCAUUUCUUGCUGCUCUUCCGGGGCCUGCUGGAACCCAAGAGUGUGGGAGCAACCCAGGUUCCCUUAAGGCUCCAGAUUCUACAUCAGGGUCAGCUACUGCGGGAGCUCCAGGCCAAUGCCUCAGCCCAGGAGCCAGGUUUUGCUGAGGUGCUGCCCAAUCUGACAGCCCAGGAGAUGGACUGGCUGGUGUUGGGGGAACUGCAGAUGGCCCUGGAGAGGGCAGAUGGGCCAGAAAUGCGCAUCAGUGGACACAUUGCUGCCAGGCAGAGCUGCGAUGUUCUGCAGAGUGUCCUUUGUGGGGCUGAUGCCCUAAUCCCAGUCCAGACAGGUGCUGCCGGCUCAGCCAGCCUCACACUGCUAGGAAAUGGCUCCCUGAUCUACCAGGUACAAGUGGUAGGUACAGGAAGUGAGAUGGUGGCCAUGACACUGGAGACCAAGCCUCAGCGGAGGAAUCAGCGCACUGUCUUGUGCCACAUGGCUGGAUUCCAGCUGGGAGGACACAUGGCUGUGGGUGUCUGCCCUGGGCUGGGUGCCCGAGGCACUCAUAUGCUGCUACAGAAUGAGCUGUUCCUGAAUGUGGGCACCAAGGACUUCCCAGAUGGAGAGCUGCGGGGGCAUGUGGCCACCCUGCCUUACAGUGGGCACAGUGCCCGCCAUGAUACAUUGCCUGUGCCCCUGGCGGGAGCCCUGGUACUACCUCCUGUGCAGAGCCAGGCAGCUGGGCAUGCCUGGUUUUCUCUGGAUACACACUGUCACCUGCACUAUGAAGUGCUGCUGGCUGGGCUUGGUGGCUCAGAACAGGGCACUGUCACUGCCCACCUCCUUGGGCCUCCUGGAAUUCCAGGGCCCCGGCGGCUGCUGAAGGGAUUCUACGGCUCAGAGGCCCAGGGUGUGGUGAAGGACCUGGAGCCCGAGCUGCUGCGGCACCUGGCACAGGGCACCGCCUCCCUGUUGAUCACCACUAAGGGUAGCCCCAGAGGGGAGCUGCGAGGGCAGGUGCACGUCCGUAACCAAUGUGAGGUGGGCGGCCUGCGCCUGGCUGCUGCCGGGGCCGAGGGGGCGGGGGCUUCUGGCGUUUCGGUUGCAGCGGCUGCGGCGCUGCCAGCGCUGCCUGUGCAGGCGGUCCCCGGCCCAGAAGCCCCAGCGCCGGUCAAACCUGGAGGCCCUGGGCGGCCCCGAGACCCCAACACGUGCUUCUUCGAGGGGCAACAGCGCCCGCACGGGGCUCGCUGGGCGCCCAACUACGAUCCUCUCUGCUCACUCUGCACCUGCCAGAGACGAACGGUGAUCUGUGAUCCGGUGGUAUGUCCACCCCCCAGCUGUCCACACCCGGUGCAGGCACCUGACCAGUGCUGCCCCGUGUGCCCCGAGAAACAAGAUGUUAGAGACCUGCCAGGGCUGCCAAGGAGCCGGGACCCGGGAGAGGGCUGCUAUUUUGAUGGUGACCGGAGCUGGCGGGCAGCGGGUACCCGGUGGCACCCCGUCGUGCCCCCCUUUGGCUUAAUUAAGUGUGCUGUCUGCACCUGCAAGGGGGGCACUGGAGAGGUUCACUGUGAGAAGGUGCAGUGUCCCCGGCUGGCAUGUGCCCAGCCCAUCCGCGCCAACCCCACUGACUGCUGCAAACAGUGUCCAGUGGGGCCAGGGGCCCACCCCCAGCUGGGGGAUCCCAUGCAGGCCGAUGGGCCCCGGGGCUGCCGUUUUGCGGGACAGUGGUUUCCAGAGAGCCAGAGCUGGCACCCAUCUGUGCCCCCCUUUGGGGAAAUGAGCUGUAUCACCUGCAGGUGUGGGGCAGGGGUGCCCCACUGUGAGCGCGAUGACUGUUCACUGUCAUUAUCCUGCAGUUCAGGGAAGGAGAGUCGAUGCUGCUCCCACUGCACACCCCAGCGGCCAGCCCCGGAGACCAGGACUGUUCCAGAGCUUGAGAAAGAAGCUGAAGGCUCCUAGGGAGCAGCCCCAAGGCCAUAUGACCAAGAGGAUGGGGCCUGAGCUGGGGGAAGGGGUGGUGCUGAGGACCCUGCAUUCUCCUAUGGGGAAGCCCAGUGCCUUUGGUUCCUUGGUUCUGCCUCUUCUCCUUCCCCCACUACCUCUGGGAACCACAGCUUCACAAGGGGGAGAGGCAGCUGGGCAGACCAAGGCCAUAUCCACCCCAACUCCUGCCUUGUUACUGUCUGGCCUCUGGCCUAGAAGCCUACCCCCUUCCUUCUGUAUAUAAUGUCACUGGCUUGUUGGGAUUUUUAAUUUAUCCUCACUCAGCACUAAGGGUCCCCCCCACUCCACUCCUGCUGCCCCUGAGCUGAGCAGAGUCCUUAUUGGAGAUUUUUGUAUUUAUUAAAACAUUUUUUUUUUUCAGUC